AUGGCUGUAGUUGCUAGAAAAAAUGUGAAACUUUCUUCAAGAAACCCAACAAAAGUCAAGCCUUCAGCUUCAACUAAAAAGGAGUCGCAAAUUUCAAGAGGAAGGUCUAAAACGCGAGCUAAUUCUGAAAUUAAGCACCAUAGUGCAAGUCCUCACCCAACCAGAUGCCUAAGAGGAGUUUCUACGAGAGCAACUUUCAAAAGAUCACCUUCUCCCAGAAAAGAUUGGCCAUUUGAUGAGGCAAUCCUAUACCCUCCUCACCCAAGAGUUGGAUCUCCAGUUAGAAAAGUUAAAGCUCAAUCUUCUAAUUCGUUCUUAAAAAAUUCAGUUUUAAAAACGAACGCUAAGAUUAACAGUUCUAUUAAGCCAAUGGUUUCACAAUCACCCAUUUUAAAAAAGAAUACCCACCAUUCUGGUUCUCCAUCCCAUCACCUUCAUCCAACUAGAUGCCUUAGAGGAGUUUCCACAAGAGCGACAUUCAAAAGAUCGCCUUCUCCCAGAAAAGAUUGGCCGUUUGAUGAAGCAAUCUUGUAUCCUCCUCAUCCAAGAAUUGGGUCUCCAAAAAGUCCUCAAAUUAAGAAUAGAACAUUAAACUAUCUUAAGAAAGCAAAGGGUUCUACUAAAGAGCAAAAAAGUACACUAAAACUUCCGGUAAGAAGUGCUUCCAAUAGAAGCAAUAAAUCCAACAAAUUCAAAAAGUCUCCCAUAAAGUCUAUCAAUAAGAAGGCAAGUCCGAACUUAAAGAAUAAAACCCAGGAAAAGGUUAUACAACAUACAAUAAACCAACUAAAUAAAGAUAGCAAAACAUGCAGAUUCAACAUAAAAACUGAAAGUAUUGCAACUGUUUUGGAUGGAGAAGAAGAAUAUAUUCAGAGUCCAGUUACUUCAAUGCAUGUUGGUUGGGGGGGGAAACUCUUGAAUAACAACUAUUGGGGUCAUAAGAUUGCAGGUGAAAAUAUAAUUCAGAUUUCUAGAGCAAUUCUUUGGAAUGAAAUUCAUAACGGGUCAUUAGUCUGGAAACCUCAUAAAUGUAUUAACGACUUUCGCUUAGUUAGCCAUUCAAGAGAGCUUUACAAUCCAUACCCAGGUUCAAGUAAAUUAGAAGUCGCAGAGUACAUUUGGCAGUUUAGAGAUCUUUUUAAUACAGCCAAUCAAUCAAAUCCGGAUUUUCCAGCUUUGUAUGAGCUUCUUUUUGUAAAAAAAGACUCUUUUUUCUUCUCAAUGCUUAGUAAAUUAUAUGGAAAUCCAAUGUCUCACGAAUCAAUAUCUCGAGAACUGUUUUCUCAAUCACUUUUAUUGUACCACAAAAACUUUGUCCGUAUCAAUGAAGUUAUUCAGGACCAAUCAUACCCAUUUUCUGUAUUUGUAAUGGAAUAUUUACCUCAUUCUUGCAUGAAGUGGAAUUUUACAACCCAAUCAUACCAAGCACCUAAAAUGGACCCAAAUAUGGAAACUGCUAAUAAAGUUUACACACUUCACGGCUCAAAACUAAUCUUCUCACAAGUUCUGGAGGCAAUCAAAUUUCUUCAUUCAAAGGGAGUAGGUGGAAUUUACUUUAUGCCAGAGUCUAUUAAAUUAUCACAUUCAUUGGAUGAAACAUAUAUUGAUAGUAACGGAAUAAAGUUAACCAAACUAUUAUUUGCCACUAUAACAAAAAUUAAUAAGAAGAUUGAGAACUUUGCGGAAAAAUCAAACAAAAUUGAAGUUGACUUGGAAUUAUGCGAUUUCUGGAAAUCCUCUAAAUCAAUCAAUAUUUCGAAUGAAUUUGACUCUGUAACAAUUAACCACAUAAAUCAAAUUAUUCAAGAGAAAAAAUCUCAGCCCAAUAAUAUUCAGGAUGAUUCGUUUUUAUUUAACCCAAUGCCUUUUAUUGAGGACCUUAGAAAUUUCUAUAAUGCUGAUUCUAUACAUAAUGAGAACAUGGGUUCUGAAAAAGGAAAACUAAUGGUAAAGCUGAGCUCUCCAUUUAAAGGUAUGGCUACAAAACACAAAAAUACUCUUUUUUCAGGUAUGUUGAGUAAAUUGACCAAAAAUUUUAACAAAGAUAUUUUCUUAGGAAAUAAAUGGUUGUCACCACCUGAGUUAUUUAAUAGAAUGUUUAAUAGUCUAAAUUCAGAGGUCGAUUUGAGAAAAUGUGACAUUUGGAACUUGGGAGUUCUUUUACACUGUUUACUAGUUGGAUUACCCCCUAACAUAGUUAACAGGAAUGUAGUACUUGAUAGAAGAGUUCCUCCAGAAGCUAAAAAUUUACUGUUAUCUUUGUUAAAGGUCGAUCCUCUUCUCAGACCUUCUAUUUUUGAAAUUGAACAAUAUAUAAUGGAAAGAUUUUAA